AUGUACAUCCGCCUCAUCUGCUGGACCAAGAAUGGGGAACUGCCUGAACUUCACCCCGUCUGUUGCGACCUCGGAAGCAAACUAUUCCUUCGCAAUAGCGCGUGGGCGGUAUCGAUGGUGGGUGGAGUGAAGGAAGCCAAAGUGGAUAUUUGGAAGGCGACGGAGGGGGACUGGAUCCAAGACCGUCUUAAGUCAAUCGAGGUGACGAUCGACGAGCACACCCCCGCCAUUCUCAUGCGUCUGCCGGAAGUUACACGGUGUCUGGGACUUGGCAAGGAGGUGGAAUAUCUCGAAGCCGUGCUGAGAGAUAAUGUUGGGCUCCCACAGCUGGAGGUCCACCCGCCCGUGACGACGCAUCGCUCGCGCGUCCUCAACGUACUGGCUUGGAGUGGGAGGCCCACGGAUGGCGCGUCCCUCUUCUCCAUCUCGGCUGCUGGAGGUAGCCUGAAGCUCGAAGAUCAUCCUGUCAUCGUUGAGCGGUGCGCUCAAACUGUGGAUGACACAUCGAGCAUCACUACGGGAUGCGAUAACGCGACCUCCGUGGCCGCCGCCGACGAGCUCGCGACCACCCCCGGAAACGACGAGUCGAAGAAGCUCGACGUAGUGGAACGGUGGGACGUUACCGUCUCAGGUUGGCGUCACCAAGGCGUGGGCGAGCGGUUCCUCUGUGUCGACGAGGCGAUCAAGACCGUGCUCAUCAGGAACUACCGCAACCGCAUGCCCCUCGGUCUGGGACGCCGCAUUGCACAAGUGGAGUAUGAGUUCCUGUACCCUCUGCCCGCGCCGGUCGGGAAGCCCGCGAAGGGCUCAGUGGGUGCCUCGACCAAGCGCAAGCGCAUUGAGUUAAGCCCCCUCAGGCCCGUGCCCGACGUCGGGGAGGCUGGCCCGAGCAAACGCAUCCAGGCGAAGGCCGUCAACUCUUCGAAGACGGCGACUCCAGGGCUCGCGAAGAAGGGCCCCAAGGUAGUUGCUCCCUCUGACAAACCAGUGAAGGAUGAGAAGUGGAAGAAGGCCAUGGUUACGCUCCCGGACGGUACAGAUGCGAUCGAUCUCUCCAUAUUCUCCUCGGAUGAGGCGGAGGGGGCGGAGACGGACUCAGAGACGGUGUGUUAA